CGCUCAAAGAAAUCCAGCCGCAUCGUAUACGACGCGUCGGCCUAUUCUGCACUGGAGUCGGCCGAUACGCUGCACGCCGAUGUCUUGCAGAAGUUGCGGUCUGGCCGAAAAGCCCCGUUCACCCCAUUCGAUACCUUCGCCGAGCGCCUGGCUCAGUCUGAUCAUCUUCGAUACCAUUACACCCAGAACAUCGAUUGUCGCCAAACUAGGCUCCCUUAUCUCUCCCAGAGGACAGUGUGGCUCCAUGGCCGGGCGGACACACUAGUCUGCCACCUAAGACCUUCACACACUAUACGGGUUACUCCACGGUCCUUCCCACGAUGGGUUCUGGCCCCCUGCCCUUUGUGUAAGAAAGAGCAGAGGAAGCGGGUCAUGACACGCAAGCGAAGGCGAGCUGUGGGAUUUCUCCGACCAAGUGUUCUUCUCUACGGAGAAAAUUGUCCUGGCGAAGACGAGAUCACGGCCGCAUUCAACCGCGACCUGACACAGCCCAUCGACGCCGUCCUAAUCGUCGGGACAAGGUUGUCAAUUCCUUCGCUAGCGAAUUUCACUGAGCGUCUCUGUAAGGUGGUGAGGGCAAAAAGUCCGGACAAUCUGGUCAUAUGGGUGAGCAAGGAGUCACCAAAGCUUGGGGAGGGCUUCCAGUCUCUCAUCAGCUUUGAGUAUCUCGGAGACUGUGACGAUUUCGUUUCGAUGAUGUCUAUAUAGAUGGAGUCUUUGUAAUGAUUAACUCUCUGCCUACCGAACCCUUGCAAAUUGUUGAAGGAAGCCCACGGCCGCCUACGGCGGCUGUGGCCUCAGGCAGCCGGGACCUCAUACAGGCUCCAAUUCCCUCGCCUAGCUAGCUAGUGAUGAUAAACAAGGCACACAUCGUUGACCUCUUAACACAAAUCAAUCGUCUGAGGUGGCAUACGCCUUCAAAAUCCGCGGGAACGGCGGCGAGGUUUAUCCGAUCGCGCAGGAAAGGUGUCACGUGCAAUAGAACGUUCCA